AUGUCGCGGUUUGUGAAUGUGAUGGACAUGCGUUCACCGGAGCUCGCUCAAGCUGUGGAUUUGUGCCGAAAGAUUGGCACGGCAGAGUCGCGAGAACUUGGGGAGACGAUAAUGAAUACGAUCAUCAGCACUAUGCCGGCGAUGACACUUGAUAAGGCAUCACGGUAUAUGUACGCCUUUGCGCGCCACGAAAUUGUUGACGUACGGUUCUGGGUGGAGGCAUCGGCUUAUGUGCGCAACUGUGGUAUGGUUCCGAGAGAUUCCAACGACCUCACCACGCUGGUGUAUUCCUUCCGGAAGGCAUGUGUUGCUCAUGAUCCGAUAUACGACUAUCUUGCCGAGCUGGCGACGGAGCAGUUGAUCACUGGGCUGAAUCCUGUGCAAACGCAUACUUGUUUGGCAACGUUUACGAGGGUUGAAUUGAAAGACGCAUCGGUGGUGCAGAAGUUGGUUGACCAUUUUGCUGAUCUUGUUGAGCGCGCGGAGGAGUUGCAUCCGUCAGCGAUGGCGAGUGGUUUGAAGAGAUCUCCGAUGCUGGUUUGUGCGGAAGAUAUUCUUUCGGCUGCGGUGUCGAUAGCUCGAGUGCCGGACAUGGUCGAUUCGUCGAGGAUGAUGAAGGCAUCGAUCAACUUGGCGUGGCGAGAUUUGACGGUGCUUAGUAGUGAUGAAAUAGUAUCGUUUCUGUGGUGUUUGCGGCAAGUGCAAGUUGAGGAAACGGAGGAGUUCUUCAAAGCGGCGGUGCAGGAUUUGCUGAAGAGUCAACCGUCGGAGGGAGAGAAGGAAAAUCUGAGCGCGGUGAAGUUGAUUUGGUUGUGUGAGGCGUCGGAGAUUUGGGCGACCUCGGAAGAGAUAUCCCGACUGAUCAGCCGUUUGCGGAAAUUGUUGCCUCAAGUUGAUUCUUGUGGUUUGAUGGCCCGGCUGGUGGCAUCGAUGACGAAAUUGAACACUUCUGUGUGGGCGGAUAACGGAGCAUUUACUGAUAUGGUUUUGUCGAGGAGCCUCGAUUUAGUUGCGGAAGCUCAAGGGCCGAGUGUCUUAACUGACAUUUGUAAUUUGUUGUCAUUAUUAGUUGAUAUUCGUCCCGAACAAUCAACUGAAUUGGCGUUGAAGGCGCUAGCGGGUCGGUCGCAAACAGAACGCUUGACGGCGAUGAGAGUGUUGGGAAUUGAGGAGGAUCCGCAAGGGGUGGAUGAGGCAGUGCAAACUGAGGAGGUGGAGGAGAUCGUGGCGGAAAUUGAAGUGACGCCCGUGAUGGAAGAUAUGCGCCGGGAAGAUUUUGAUAAGAUAUAUACGAGGUUGGCAGAAGGGCUGAUGAGUUCGGAAGAUUCUCGGGUUUUGGAGGCGGUAGAUCGAUUGACGGAUGUUGUCGUGGAUGGAACGCUGACGGCAGUGCAGUUGGUUUCGAUUACGGAGUUACUCGUCGGAGAGGAAUUUAGUGGCGCGCGGGGGUUGGGUAAAGUGUUGUAUUUGUUUGAAAAGGUUGGGGAGGCGUCGGUAACGAGAAUGAAAUCGAUGUCUACUGAAUUGGCGGUACAACUGAUGGCUAACUUUGCAUCUUCUGGUGUGCCUUAUGUAUAUUUAUUCGAGAACAUUAUCAAGGAUAGAGCUGCUACAAUGUCGCCUAUACAGGUGGGAAAUAUUUUACACUCGGACUGA